AUGAGAAUAUGCGUCCUCCAAUCUGCAUAUCCGGAUAAUCACAGCAUCGCCCAACACGAUCCAGGCGCUGAUCCAUCCAGAUUCACCGACGAACAUACAUUCGAGCAUCGAUGGAUACACAAGACAACAGCCAAAGAGCAGAUCGACGCUGCCAUCGCAGAAAACUUCGACUUUUACUUCAACUUCAUGUGGGGACAGUAUGAAGACGAUGUCGCCGGGAUUGAAGCAUGCCAGUAUUUCGAAAAGUUUGGAUUACCUGCUGCUGGUGUGUGGAGUGAGGUUCUCCUUCGGACGAAAAAUGAUUUCUAUCGUGAUGCGAGGGGAUUGGGCACUCCGAGAGUGCCGGGGAUAUCCAACUAUCCGUUCUUUGUGAACCCGUCAACGGGCUGUUCAAAGUAUCAACAGAGCCCUAGAACCUGGACGCAUAGCGUAGACGGCAUUCCGAUCCCAGAUGAUGUCGUCGUUCAAGAAUUCAUCCAAGGCUGGGACCAUUCGGUCGUGAUCGUCGAGAUUGGCAAUACUCCUGUUCCGCUCGCACCAGAGAGAUACAUCUAUCCCUCUGAUUUCAACCCUCAUACCGGCUUCUUGACGUUUGAUACGAAAUUCCACCACGAUACAAGCGUCGAGAUACUCAACCGGAAGGACGAUCCUGCUUUGUUUGAGAAACUACAGGCAACAGCUAUCGAAGCAUUCUAUACCAACAAGAGCUCAGGAAAGGGGUGGUGUAAUGUCGAUAUUCGUGUACCCACAACCGGUGAUCCUGUUGUGAUUGAAGUCAAUCCCAUGCCAUCUGUCUUCUUACCCGAAGACAACGAAUGGGAGGAUAAAUGCAUUUGGGAGUGUUUUCCUGGCGGCCAGCGAGCGUUGAUCGAUACUUUGAUUUCGACGAGUCUUCUUCAGAGAGGAGAGACUGCCAGUGAACAAUAUGGACUUUCCUUUGAGGAAUAUGACACAAUCAUCCAAUCUGUCGAUACCAAGUCUAUCUGUGAAAAGAUUCUCUCGCAUGGCUCAUCUGGUACUGUCCUAGAACUUGGCUCUGGUAACGGUUAUUUUGGCCGAGCAAUGCAGGAAUUCCUAUCCCAAGAACAGAGUAUCUCCGUCACUGGCAUCGAAUCUUCUCAUGAUAUGGUCGAAAGAUGCAGGGAAACAGGGGCAUACAGCACCGUCUACCAUGGAACAAUUCCGUCGGUGACUGUAGCCAUUCACAGCGGCGAAUCGGGGAAAUGGUGCAAUCAUAAACGCGCAUUGGAAACCACAUUUGCAUCUCCUCCAGGCUGGAGGCUGAUUCGGCCUAGUGGGGAUAUUUACUGCUAUGACAAAAUAUACUCUAAUUAG